CGCGCGCAGAGCUUGUCAGCGCCGGCGCGUGAACGGUCUCGGCUGCCGGCCCCCGACCCCCGCCCGAGGACGCAGCCCGGCGCCACAGCACCCCGCCGCUGCGCUCGCUAUGGCCUGCCGGCCGCGAAGCCCCUCCGGCUGCGGGAGCCGCCGCGACGGCGACGCCAGCCCGCCGCCCCCCGCGAGGUGGAGCCUCGGACGGAAGCGCAGAGCCGACGGGAGGCGCAGGAAGCCCGAGGACGCCGAGGGCCCCGCGAAGCCGCCGGGAGACUGCAGACCCGACAGUUUUACCACUCCCGAGGGCCCCAAACCCCGUUCUAGAUGUUCAGACUGGGCAAGUGCCGUCGAAGAGGAUGAGAUGAGAACCAGAGUUAACAAGGAAAUUGCAAGAUAUAAAAGAAAACUCCUCAUAAAUGACUUUGGGAGAGAGAGAAAGUCCUCGUCGGGAAGUUCUGAUUCGAAGGAGUCGGGGUCCGCAGCACCAGCUGACUUAGAGACAGAUGAAAGCGUGCUCAUGAGAAGGCAGAAACAGAUCAACUACGGAAAGAAUACCAUCGCCUAUGACCGCUAUAUUAAAGAAGUCCCAAGACACCUUCGCCAACCUGGCAUCCAUCCCAAGACCCCCAACAAGUUCAAGAAGUAUAGUCGGCGAUCGUGGGACCAGCAGAUCAAACUCUGGAAGGUGGCGCUGCAUUUUUGGGAUCCUCCACCUGAAGAAGGAUGUGAUCUGCAAGAGAUACAUCCUGUGGACCUCGGGGAAAUGGAGACUGAAUCCGCAGAAAGCAGCUCUGAAUCCCAGACAAGCUCUCAGGAUAACUUUGACUAAAAAGGAACCCAUGAAAAUGUCAGCUGGUGAUAUCCUUAGUUUGGAUGAAGAGGAACCCUUGUCCCAGCUCAAGAAACAGAUUCUGAACAUGCCACCUGCCAAAUCAGAAGUUAGAGGGAGAUGGCUCAGGCCCAGGGGACAAGGGGAGGGCGGGCCAGACCACAAAGAUCAGAGGCAGGGGUCCUCCUGGUGGGAGGUCCAGGAGGAGGUGGUUCAGAGAUGGCUGGGUUUGCUAAAGGAAGAGAAGCCUGGGCUGGGUACCUUAUUUCGUGUUGUGAACACCCAGAACUGUGUGUAUCCCUUACCCACUCCACCAAGUCUGGGCACAGCCACGUGUCACUGUGCUCAGGAAAUGCCAUGUUGACAGAACACUGUCUAAUCAGCGUCCACAUUUGGGUUUUCUGGUUGCCCUAAUGAUGUCCUUAUUAUAAGUUUUUUUUUUGUUUGUUUUUUUUAAAUCCACAGUUGAAUCAAGGACUAGUUGUCUGAAUUGCCAUUUCUUACAUGUUCUUUAACUUAGAAUAGUCUUCCUGCAUUUUCCCCCAUGACCUUGGCUUUUUGGGGAGAUUCAGGCUAGUUUUUAUAAUGCGGAAUUCCUCAUUUGGGAGUUCUGUUUCUUUAAGGACUAGAUUCAGAUCGAACCCUUUAGGCAAGAAUAUGGCCAUGGUGGGGGUGUACCCAGGCGCCCCCCCCAAAAUAACUUUUUUUUGUUUUAACUUUCAUUUAUAACUUUGGUUUAAGUUGGAUGAAACAUUGGACUUCAGUGGGUUUAAAUGCCCUAAACUGUAAACUCUAAGGUUUGAUUGUAUGACCUUGUAAUUAAACUUUUUUAACAAAAAAAGCAACGCCUGUUUAUUGAAGCAGUUCAGAAAUGUAUUACACACCAUUACCAAAUCCUGCCUUGAGAGCCACUGUUUGCGUUUUGUCUAGCUUUUCAGCAUCUGUUCUGUGCUUGUAAAAGAUGCACGUGGGUGUUCAUAUCUGGGCUUUUUGUUUUACACAGUGCCUUGUGUAUGGUACGUAACGGUCCCUUUGGCAGCACAGUUAUUAGAAAGAGUGACCGAAGGCAAAGAGCUUGACGUGCGUUUCCUCUCACUUGAUUCCCAAAUGUGGGUGUGGGAAGUGGCCCCCGUGUUGGGGGUGAGGUGGGCUGGAGAAGGAGCAGCCAGGACAGAUCCUCCUUGGCCGGUGAGCACGUGCCCUGCGGUUUGGUGCGAUUCUGCGUCACAAGGCACGGUGCGUGGGUCAUGGUAGGCUGAGUCCACUCUGCGGCCCCCUAGGGGUCAAAGGGCCGGGGCUCGGACGCCUUAAAGGUGUCAGCUUUUAGUCAGCCUCUGGUGGGGGUUGCUUAGCGGGUAGGGAUUUGACAAAUCCACCUCCAAGAAAGUGUGAUGUUGCCCAUGAGUUUGAAGUAGGUGAUGGUUUGAAUUCUCUCUCCCAAGCAUCCUAGCGCGCAUGGACUUUCGGCCUCUGGGCCGUGGGCUCAGGAGGAGGCAGGCACCCCCUGCCUUGGGGCGCACAGCUUUGGGUUUGGUGCCAGCGGCAGCGAGUCCCACGUGUCUUGGGGGCUAGCCGUGACCGUGCUCCUGUUUUCUAGGAUGUGUACUCUGGCACACCCACUAAAGUCAGGCACGUGGACUGCGGAGUGGAGGACGAAUUUGACUUGGAAGCUUGUUUAACGGAGCCCUUGAAAGAUUUCUCAGCCAUGAGCUAACUGGUGCCACCUAGAGGCCACUGGGAGCGAGAGUUGCCUCUGCCCGGCAGGUUGGGGACCGGCCAAGCAUGUGUCCUGCAUUUGUAACCGGAUGGCUUCUGUUCAUAGUUCAUUAUCACAUUAGCUCAUGGUGAACUGUUAUUCUUGCCUUAUUUUCUUAAGAAGCGUUAAUUUUAUGUAUAGUGAGUGUAUUUUGCAUGUUUUAAAUUGUAAAUGGAACUAAAUCCAAGGAAAAUUGAACUUGAAAACUUAAUUGCUUAAUCUCUGCCAUUCUCCAAGUUAACCUGACAAACAUACUUUUAACUGGUUCUCCACCAGUAAGUUAGACACCCGGUCUCCACUUGUCAGGUGGCUGGUUUGGGUUUAACCACACGCUCACAGGACCAGUCUCAUGGCGGCUCUCUUUUCCGGUAGCUGACUGAGUGUUCUCAUAAUUGGGUAACUUUUGAAUAUCGUUACGGAAACUUAAGUUUUGGGUCUUUUGUCAGUAUGUCAAGGUGUGUUUUUUUGCCUCAUCCAGAGCACUGAAUAGUCAAAGUUAGUAAAUUGAGCCGUUAAGUUAAUGGAUUUUAUGUAAGUUAUACAGUCUUAAUUUGGUACUUGUAAAUAGCACUAGGGAGGCCUUCCACCCGUAACACUCCAAGAGUAAGGCUGCCAGCAGAGGGGCUUAGAAUGGAUGUUUUUUUACAAUCCGUUAAUUCACCAUGUAAAGUUGCUGUAAAUGAUAAUGUGUACAGAUUUUCUGUUCAAAUACUCAAUUGUAAACUUCUUGCUAAGACUGUUAUGUUUCUAUUGCUUUUGUAUGGAACGAUAUUGCAAAAAUAAAAAGAAAAGAACCUUC